UUUACGUGGACGUACUUUUGAAAAAGUAGCGUUUUUCUUUUAAAUUCCUAACCUUAUAUCCACGUAAUUACGUGGAUUUGGUGCGAAUAGACACAGCGUUAAAUGUACCGCCCUAUGCAACAAUUAACUUUGAACACAAGUAGUGUACCAGUAUUAACAGGAAUUGAAAAAUGGUGUAAGCAGUAUAACGAGUCUAUAGAAAAUGAGUCUAAGACCAAAGAAAUAAUUAACCAAUGCUUAAUUAACUUUGACAAGAAAAAGGAACAAGAAAAAGAUCAAGAAAAAAUGCUUGAAGAGGUAGAUAGUGAUGGGUGGACAACUGUAACUAGUAAAAAAAAGAGAGGAAAGUUGGCUGUCGCUAGAAAGGAAUCAACAUUCAAAAAAAUUCAUGCCAAGGAAGAAAUUAAGAAACCUAAAAGAGAGCUGUUGAACUUUUAUACUUUCCAAAUUAGAGAAGCUAAGAAAGAACGUCUAGCAGAACUCCGUAAGAAAUUUGAAUUAGAUAAGAAAAAACUAGAACAAAUUAAAGCUAAAAGAAAUUUCAAACCUUUUUGAAUAUUUAUAAAUAUAAGUUG